AUGGGGCCAUUGGAGGCUGAAGCUGAGGCAUUGGAGGAGAGCUUACUAUUUGCUUGGGAUGUGGGGGUUUUAGAUGUCCUAUUCGAAUGCGACUCCAAGGUUAUUUGUGAUUUUGUGACUAGAUGCAAUGAUCCACCUUUAGUGACAGGAAACUUAAGUGAUGGCUCUUUCGGUGUGAGAAAAGGUGCAUGGACUGAAGAGGAAGAUAUUCUUCUGAGGCAAUGCAUUGAAAAGUUCGGAGAAGGAAGGUGGCAUCAAGUUCCUUUAAGAGCAGGGUUAAAUAGAUGCCGUAAAAGCUGCAGACUGAGGUGGUUGAACUACCUAAAGCCAAAUAUAAAGAGAGGCAACUUUGCAGAAGAUGAAGUUGAUCUACUGCUCAGGCUCCAUAAGCUCCUGGGUAACAGGUGGUCACUUAUUGCUGGUCGACUUCCAGGUAGAACAGCUAAUGAUGUGAAGAAUUAUUGGAAUACACACCUGCGCCGCAAGAAGGUAAUUUCCCGUACAAACGAUGCGGAAGAAAAGGCACAAGAUAUAGUGAAAGUGAAUGUAAUAAAACCACAACCCAGAACCUUGUCAAAAAAUUUAACAUUGGCAGGUGGGAAACCUAUAAUUGCAGAAAGGUUACAACUGAACGAAAAUGUCAAAAAUGUAUCUCCAACAUUAAAGCCCUCAGAGAACAAAAUAAAUUGGUGGGAAAACUUGUUAAAGGGCGAGAAAGGUGAUGAGAGACUACCAGUCUCCCUAAGUUGUGGUUUAGAGUCGGAGCCCAAGCCAAACCUUUGGGCUGAGAAAAUAAUACCAGAGGUAAUAGUGGGGGACGCUUGUGACGAUGAUGGCAUAAACUUUUGGGGUGACUCCAGUUUUGACAUAGACCUGUGGGACUUUCUCAAUGCAGGAUAG